AUGUCUACUCUCGCCGCCCAGCUGGCUCGCCCUUCCAUCCGGCAUUUCUCUGCGCAUCGUCCGCGUCCGGACUCUCGCGCCGCCCGCGCGGUCGCUAUGUCCUGCCUCGUGUCGGGUGUCGUCCUGCCCUUUGUGCCCCCCGCGCUGGAGAGCUCGCGGGAGAAGAACUCGGGUUAUCCCAACCACAAUAAGUGA